AUGACAUUGCUAGCAUCGUUCGACGACAACCUCGACCAACACUCGAAUGCCAGCACAUCGAAUCAAAAGCUAUCGGUCGUGGGUGGAAGCCUCGGCUGGAGCCCGCAACACUGGUCCUCAAUCCUCCGUCCGCGCAAGUUGAUCUCACAUAGUGAUGGACUCUGUAGCUCCGUUUACCGCGUCUCUCUUACCUCUCCGCCUCCAUCAUGGCCAUACACUCUUAGCUCAACGUCAUCCUCCCGUGCAGUCUCGUCGCUUGUGCCUCUGGCAGAUGCAGCAAGCAACGCAGGAGGCUUGCAAGGAUGGCUAUGUGUAAAGAGAGUCAGCCCCGACGAGCAACCGCAGCCGCACAACGUUAGUCGAGAAAUAGCACUUCUCUCUUCUCUACCUCAGCAUCGAAAUGUCGCGAUGCUGUUAGCAGCGGUCUAUGACGAAACAGAUGCCUUCGGAGCAACGGUAGAUUUAAUAAUGCCAUUGUAUGCUGCAACGUUGGAAGAGGUGCUUUUGGAGCCUAGCCUUCUCCCACCUUCUCUGCGACCAAAUCAAGAUGCAGGUGAGCAGCAAAGGCCGGCCAAGUCAAUAGAGCAUCUUUGGACAGCAACCAACACAGUACAAGGCUUCAUGAUCAACGUAGCAGAGCAGUUGGUCGAGGGGAUAGCCUUUUUGCAUGAACAAGGAGUGGCUCAUAGAGACAUUAAACCAUCCAACAUCCUACUAAGUCACACUGCGGUGGUCAAGUUGAUCGAUCUAGGAACCGCAUACACCGGCAAGCCGCUAAACGAUCCAUUGGAACAAGGUGGGAAGAUGGUCAAGAGUGAAGGAGAGAGGGGAAGAAUGGUACAUCAAGUGGGCACCGGAGUGUUUAGGGCACCCGAAUUGCUGUUUGCUCCCAAGACCGGUUAUGAUGCAUAUGCGAUAGAUGUUUGGUCUCUUGCUGUGACCAUAGCACAUUUCUUCACUCCACUUACACCCACCUCGAGCACGAAUGUACAAGAGGAGGACAUCUGGAACCAGCCAGAAGAGAAAGAAUCGGUCGACGAGAGAAGAGAUUGGGAAAAAGCAUUCGAUUCUGCUACCAGCCUUGCUGCUCAAGAUGCGCAAGGGGAGGCGGAUAGCCCGUUGUAUUUCCAAGAAUACCAUCCGCACCCAGCCCUGGACCAUCCUAGGAGUGCUUCAGGCUACAUUCGAACUCAACUCUUUCAAGGCGAGAGGGGAGACAUAGGUCUAGCUGCCUCCAUCUUCGCUCUUCUCGGACUACCCACAUGGAUCGAGCAAUGGCCUGAAGCAGAACAUUUUCAACCUCCUCUGUCAAAGCUUCCUUUCGCACCGACCAGCGGUACUGGCUUGAUGGAUGCUCUUCCCCUAGCCAACGAGUAUCAAGAUAAGGCAACGGUGCGAAAAGUAGUGGAGAAGGUCCUUGUGCCUUGUUUGCAGUUGUCAGCUGCAAAGAGACCGAUGGCAAAGCAGCUGUCGGCUAGCAUCAAGUCAUGGUAG